UGUAGUUAAUCUAGAUAUCUUACAGUUUAGAUAAACUAGCUAUGUGACAACGUAGGGAAAUUAAUGAUAAGUAAUUGCACUAGCUGCAAUCUAGGUAAAUGCAUAGCUAGCCAAAAUAUCAGCAUUUGGCAAGCUAACAAGUGGUUGAUUUCGUGCAGCUAGCGUUAACUGUUAGCUACAACAUGGCCAUUUCACAGAGUCUGUGAUUUCAAGCUAGCUAACUGUUAGUUGUUGACAUUACUUUUUUCUAACUGCUAACUAUGCAUCACAUUUUUACACCAUAUCUUAGGGAUUUUUGUUAUAUAAUAUUAUGAUAUUGUUUGGGUGGCCAAACGACAACUUAACUGCAACAUAUAUUACAAGUGACAUCACUGUCUGUGCUCUAUGGGUCCUAGCUGAGUGCUGUUUCGUCCUCGUUACAUAAUCAGAAACGCUCUAAUCAUAUCUAUAAUCUUGUGUCCCUUGGUGGCCUCACUGAGCCAGUGUGUACCGUUUUACACUGUGAGAAAGAGACGGAUUGUGAGUGGGGGUGUGUCAGGGAUAGAUGAGUCAGGGCAGAUUUACUUUUCAUCUAAGCCUCUUACACACACACACACACACACACACACACACACACACACACACACACACACACACACACACACACACUGUAGGUAGUGUUCAUUACACAACCUGAUCUGGCCUGCUUGCUUGUAUAAAAAAAUAUAUAUGCAGAGUGCAUCAAAUGUAUACCCCUUAUCAGUUCAGUUCUGAUGUAAGAGGCUUUUUUUGGUAUUUAUGACACAUUUUUACAAUUUUAUUUAACCAGGUAGGCUAGUUAAGAACAAGUUCUCAUUUGCAACUGCGACCUGACCAAGAUAAAGCAUAGCAAUUCGACACAUACAACAACACAGAGUUAUACAUGGAAUAAUCAAAACAUAGUCAAUAAUACAGUAGGGGAAAAAAGUGUAUAUAUACAGUGUGUGCAAAUGAGGUAAGAUAAGGGAGUUGAGGCAAUAAAUAGGCCAUAGUGGCGAAGUAAUUACAAUAUAGCAAUUAAACACUGGAAUGGUAGAUGUGCAGAAGAUGAAUGUACAAGUAGAGAUACUGGGGUGCAAAGGAGCAAGAUAAAUAAAUAAAUACAGUAUGGGGAUGAGGUAGAUAGCCCAUCUGUAAACAGCCCAUCUAUGUGCAGUGAUCUGUGAGCUGCUCUGAUAGCUGGUGCUUAAAGCUAGUGAGGGAGAUAUGAGUCUCCAGCUUCAGUGAUUUUUGCAGUUCAUUCCACAUGCUGACCGAACUGGACGCGCGUGAACGUUGAUUUUGUUCACCCAGAAGCACCAGAAGCAAUCAUGACACAGGUAGAAAUAUCAAAACAAACUCAGAACCAAUUAUAUUAAUUUGGGGACAGGUCAAAAAGCAUUACACAUGUAUGGCAAUUUAGCUAGCUUGCUGUUGCUAGCUAAUUUGUCCUGGUAUAUAUAUUUUUUAAUUUAACCUUUAUUUAACUAGCCAAGUCAGUUAACUUUUACUGCUCAGGCGUUCCGCCAGCGGAACUCCUCCCACAUUCCACUGAAAAGGCAGAGCAUGAAAUUCAAAAUAUAUUUUUUAGAAAUAUUUAACUUUCACACAUUAACAAGUCCAAUACAGCAAAUGAAAGGUACACAUCUUGUGAAUCCAGCCAACAUGUCCGAUUUUUUAAAUGUUUUACGGCGAAAACAGCACGUAUAUUUGUUAGCUCAACACCAAAUACAAAAAAGGACAGACAUUUUUCACAGCACAGGGAGCAUGCACAAAGCCAACCUAACUAACCAAGAACCAACCAAACUAACCAACAAACAACUUCAUCAGAUGACAGUCUUAUAACAUAUUUAUUGUAUAGCAUAUGUUUUGUUUGAAAAAUUUGCAUAUUUCAGGUAUAAAUCAUAGUUUACAUUGCAGCUACAAUCAGAAAUUGCACCGAAAGCAGCCAGAAUAAUUACAGACACCAACGUCAAAUACCUAAAUACUCAUCAUAAAACAUUUCGGAAAAAUACAUAGUAUACAGCAAAUGAAAGACAAGCAUCUUGUGAAUCCAGCAAAUAUUUCCGAUUUCUUAAGUGUUUUACAGCGAAAACACAAUAUAGCGUUAUAUUAGCUUACCACAAUAGCCAGAAACAUAAGCCAUUUCCCAGCAGUAAAAGUUAGCGAUCGUGACACACCAGCAAAAGAUAUAUAAUUUUUGACUAAUCUUGAUAAGGUUCAUCAGAUGACAGUCCUAUAACAUCAGGUUAUACAUACACUUAUGUUUUGUUCGAAAAUGUGCAUAUUUAGAGCUGAAAUCAGUGGUUAUACAUUGUGCUAACGUAGCUACUUUUUCCCACAACGUCCAGAUUUUUUUCUGACACACAUAUUCUGACCAAAUAGCUAUUCAUAAACAUAACUAAAAAUACAUGUUGUAUAGGAAAUGAUAGAUACACUAGUUCUUAAUGCAAUCGCCGUGUUAGAAUUCUAAAAAUAACUUCAUUACCACAUAAGGCUUCUGUUAUGUCGACCAAGUGCCCACAACCUGGGCGCAAAACUAAUAGUACACAGUUCGACAGAUAUAUGAAAUAACAUCAUAAAAUGGGUCCUACUUUUGCUGAUAUUCCAUCAGAAUGUUCUACAAGGUGUCCUUUGUCAAGAACAAUCGUUGUUUGGAUUUAGAACGUCCAUUUUCCCUCUUGAAUUAGCAAGCGCACUAGCCAAGUGGCGCGAAGCUCUCCUUUCUGAACAAAGGCACACAACGCAACACGCCUAACGUCCCGAAUAAAUUUCAAAAAUCUAAUAAUAACUAUAUUGAAAAAACAUACUUUACGAUGAUAUUGUCACAUGUAUCAAAUAAAAUCAAAGCCGGAGAUAGUAGUCGCCUAUAACGAAAGCUAUUCAGAAGGCAAAUCCAGGUCCAACUUCGCGCCUUCCUGAAAACAGGAAAUGGGUGACACGUCAUUCCAAGAGGACGUAUUCCAUCUCAGACCAAGAUAAACACUCCAUUUCUUCUCUCACUGCAUCUUGACAUCCAGGGGAAGGUGUAUGACGUGCAUGUAUACUAAUAGGUAUCAUGACCAUUUAUAGGCAGGACCCAGAAGAGAGCAUCGAUUUCAGAUUUUCCACUUUCUGGUCAGGAAGUUUGUGCCAAAUGAGUUCUGUUUUACUCACAGAUAUAAUUCAACCGGUUUUAGAAACUAGAGAGUGUUUUCUAUCCAAUAGUAAUAAUAAUAUGCAUAUUGUACGAGCAAGAAUUGAGUACGAGGCCGUUUAAAUUGGGCACGUUUUUCCCCCAAAGUGAAAACAGCGCCCUCUGUCCUCAUCAGGUUAAGAACAAAUUCUUAUUUACAAUGACGGCCAAACCCGGACGAUGCUGGGCCAAUUGUGUGCUGCCAUAUGGGACUCCCAAUCACGGCCAGAUGUGAUUCAGCCUCGAUUCGAACCAGGGACUGUAGUGACGCCUCUUGCACUGAGAUGCAGUGCAUUAGACCGCUGUGCCACUCUGGAGCCCAAUUAAACAUUGUGUUGUUAUUUUACCUGAAAUGCACAAUGUCCUUAACUCCGACAAUUAAUCCACAGAUAAAACAGUUAACCGAAUUUGUUUCUCGUCAUCUCUCCUCCUUCCUUAACCUGUUAGGGGGGCAGACCGACACCGGUACACUUAUGACAACAUCCAGCUCAAAGUGCAGGGCGCGAAAUUCAAAAUAUAUUUUUUAAAAUAUUUAACUUUCACACAUUAACAAGUCCAAGACACCAGAUGAAAGGUGCACAUCUUGUGAAUUAAGCCAACAUGUCCGAUUUUUAAAAUGUUUUACAGGGAAGACAAAAUAUGUAAAUCUAUUAGCUAACCACGUUAGCAAAAGACACAACUUUUCUAACUCCAUCAGUUUCUUACUCCAUCAGGUGCUAUCACAAAUUCGACCAAAUAAAGAUAUAAAUAGCCACUAACCACGAAACAAAUUCAUCAGAUGACAGUCUGAUAACAUAUUUAUUGUAUAGCAUAUGUUUUGUUCGAAAAAUUUGCAUAUUUCAUGUAUAAACCAUAGUUUACAUUUCAGCUACCAUCAGAAAUUGCACCGAAAGCAGCCAUAAUAUUUACAGACACCAACGUCAAAUAGCUAAUUACUCAUCAUAAAACAUUUCUGAAAAAUACAUAGUCUGCAGCAAUUGAAAGACAGGCAUCUUGUGAUUCCAAACAAUAUUUCCGAUUUAUUAAAUGUUUUACAGCGAAAACAAAAUGUAUCGCUAUAUUAGUGUAGCUACAAUAGACAGAAACAAUUGGGCGCCCACGGCCAGUUCACAUGCACGACAGAUAUAUGAAAUAACAUCAUAAAAUGGGUCUUACUUUUGCUGAUCUUUCAUCAGAAUGUUGAAGAAGGUGUCCUCUGUCCAGAUGAGUCGUUGUUUGGAUUCAGAAUGGCAAAUUUCCCUCUUCAAUUAGCAUUGGCACUAGCCGAGUGGCACAAAUUUCUCCAACGUAAACACAGUCAGAGGACGGAACACGGCAAAACUCCCGUAAAAAGUUUCAAUAAUCUGAUUAAACUAUAUUGAAAAAACAUACAUUACGAUGAUAUGGUCACAUGUAUCAAAAAAAAUUAGAGCCGGAGAUGUUAGUCGUUCGUUACGGCAGGAAAACAGAAGUCAAUCCCACUUCCUUCAGAGUACCGGAAGUGGACGGUCACGUCAAAGAAAUAGGUUUUUUUCCACCACAGACCAAGAUGAGCACAAACAUUUCUUCUCUCACAUCCUCUUUACACCAAUAGGAAGGCGUAUAGAGUGUAAGUAGACUCCUAAGUGUCAAGACCAUGUAUAGGCAUCAAGUUGAAAAGAGCAUCGAUUUCUGACAUUUCACUUCCUGGUCAGGAAAAGUGCUGCAGAAGGACUUCUGUUUCACUCAGAGAAAUAAUUCCAACUGUUUUAGAAACUAGAAAGUGUUUUCUAUCCAAAAAGAAUAAUAUUAUCCAUAUUGUACGAGCAAGAUUUGAGUAGGAGGCCGUUUGAAAUGGGCACGAUUUCACUGGCUACUCAACACUUUGCCUUGCAGCCAUAAGAAGUUUUAAGGCAUAUUUUUCUUCUUUGAACUUUAUAAGGCGGUUGGCAACCAACUUUACAGCAUUACUACAACCUACCGGAGUGUGGACCUAAGUUCAUAUUUCAAUCACCCACGUGGGUAUAUGCUCCUAAAAACCAAUGAGGAGAUGGGAGAGGCCGGAUAUGCAGCGCGUUGAGCGUCACAAAUAUAACCAAUUUCUGUUUUAGGGCCUGGCCACGCAGACGCUCACGAGGAGUGUGUGGUCAAUGAUUGAAUAACAUGUAUGUGUACAUUUUUAUUUUGCAAUGUGAGCGGUGUGGUCAGCAUGUAAGGCCAAUAAACAGUCAAACUAUGACUAUGCCCAUAAUGUCCACUCUUAUGCCGCCAAGUAGACAUGGUUAUUGUGAUAGUGCUGUUUAGCGUAGUUAGAGCUUUAAUGGCAUAGCAUUUUGCAGGGAUACAAACUAGUCAUCUUUUGAUGAAAUUCACAAUUUUUAAUCCAAAAUAAGUGACCUUCAUGAUUCGUGUAGAUCCGAUGAGAAAAGUUUGGGCGCGGGGGGGCUGUAUGCGAACGAUUGAUGCGCAUUUGGAGCAAUACUGGCUGUAUCCAAGGUUCAGCCAAUCGUUCCCACAACAGAAUGCAGCAUGUGACUGAAGAGAGAGACAACCGAUUUGCUGGUUAUUGCAUCAGCGCACGCUCUGGAAAGGCAGCAGGAGAGUGGAAAGGAAGUUUGCCAGUUAACUUACAGCAGCGCAUCCCUUGAACGAUAACGAAGAGGUAUGUGAGAAGCCUGACCACAGAGACGGGGUGAGAAGGUGAUGAAGCGUACUUCAUGAGCUGUAACUGAAAAAUAACUGGCAAUUUUGGAAAGUUUGAGGUGAGGGAGAAACUGGUAGAACAAGUAUUGUUAAGCAUCUUGCUAGCUGGAUCAAAUUAUCCGUUAGCUAGCCAGAGAAAUGUUGAGCAACAUUAGCCAAUUUAACUGAUCAAAUAAUUGAGAUUAUGGUGUGAAAAUUAGCUGGCUAAUAGUCAGACAACUAACAUUAGCUAUCAGAUGAGCUAAUGUUAAUAACCUAACCAAUUCACUAUUGUAUUAACUGGUAACGUUAUACGAGCCCUUGCCGUUCCUCAAGUUAUAACGCAUUAGUUGCUUACUGGACCCUGGCAAUCUGUGAAAUGUUAACUAGCUAACUACUAUCUGUGAAAAUUUGUUUUACCACUACAGUAUGUGGCUAAUUUUCAGAAUGAGAAAAUUUGGUGAAAAUUAGGUGUUGCUUGUUAACUUCUCUAGGAUAGGGGGCAGCAUUUUCACUUUUGGAUAAAUAGCGUGCCCAAUUUCAACUUCCUUCUACUCAUCCCCAGAAUAUAAGAUAUGCAUAUUAUUAGUAUAUUUGGAUAGAAAACACUCUGAAGUUUCUAAAACUGUUUGAAUCAUGUCUGUGAGUAUCACAGAACUUAUGUAGCAGGCAAAACCCCGAGGACUAACCAUUCAGAGGUCACCGUCUGUUCAAUGAGUUUUCAUUGGGAUACUAGAUUUCUAAUCAACCUGUUUGCAGUUCCUACCGCUUCCACUGGAUGUCACCAGUCUUUGGAAAUAGGUUGAGGUUAUUCCUUUGUGCAAUGAAGAAGAACGGCCAUCUGGAAUCAGUGUAACGUUAUGUGUACUGUUUAAGAGUUGCGCAAGACUAGAAAAGUAUCGUUAGUUUGUUGUCAUCCUGUAUUGAAAACAGAUAGACCCGUCUGCAAUUUGAUCGAUUAUUAACGUUUACAAAUACCUUAAGUUUUAUUACAAAAGUAGUUUGAAAUGUUUUGGCAAAGUUUAGAGGUAAUUUUUGAGAUAUUUUGUAGUGACGUUGCACAAAUUGGAAGCUGUUUUUUUCUGGAUCAAACGCACCAAAUAAAUGGACAUUUUGGACAUAUAUGGACGGAAUUAAUCGAACAAAAAGGACCAUUUGUGAUGUUUAUGGGACAUAUUGGCGUGCCAACAAAAGAAAUUCGUCAAAGCGGGGAGCAUGGACAGCUCUGUGACCCUGUGGCAGUUCUUGCUCCAGCUCCUAUUGGACCCCACCAAUGAUCAGCUGAUCUGCUGGACUAAUGAGGAGGGCGAGUUCAAGCUGCUGCAGGCGGAGGAGGUGGCCAAGCUGUGGGGCGCCAGGAAGAACAAACCCAACAUGAACUACGACAAGCUUAGUAGAGCCCUGAGAUACUACUAUGACAAGAACAUCAUUAAGAAGGUGAACGGGCAGAAGUUUGUGUACCGCUUUGUCUCGUACCCAGACAUUCUGAAAGGGGAUGCCUCUGUUCGGCCCGAUGGGGAGGGGGGUGGCCUGCCCCUCUCAGAGAGGGGGGACAACACAUCCAGAGAUGAUGAGGGUGGGGACAGGAGUGAAGGUGUGACAGCGACACGAGGGUCCAGUACUAAGCCGUCCAACCGUAAUGACUACAUCCACUCUGGCCUGUACACCUCGUUCACCCUCACCUCGCUGCAAAAUGGACGGCAGCUCUUCAAGUCUAUCAAGAUGGAGAACCCCGGAGACAAGAUGGCCGACAGGAAGUCUAAUAACCGGGCCCAAGACCCACCCUCUCAGCCAAUGCCAUCGCCGUCAGUCAUCAAGUUUGGGACCACCCCUCCCAAGAGAAGCCCUCCACCACCUCAGGUUACUAUAGAAACAUCCAAUCCGCCAUUGUACCCUCUCCAAGUCCCACCUCCCAUAGAUGAUGUAGUGAGGACACACUCCACCCUCCUGCCUCAGGCUGUGUACGCGUUUGAGCAAGCCAAGACCUUGGAAUCCUCGAAUCUUCGAAUUCUGCAUAGUUUCAGCUUAUCAGAGUUGCCCUCUCGGAGUCCCUCCCCCAGCAUGGUGCCGGACUCCACCCAGGAGCUGGUGAUUGACAGUGAUAUCGAGUCCAUCUCCUCCCAACCGACAGAGACGCAGAUACAGGCGGUGCAGAGUUUUGGCCAUGUGUCAAGUGGUGAGGUAUGUGGAGGAAACGGGGACAAGGGAGGGAAUAGGGAGAUGAGUUUGUCUCCGGUGUGUGUGAGUGGCCAUAUCACUGGGGGCAAGGGCCGCAAGCCUCCUAAAGUCCUGGAGCUUUCCACUCCUACACUGGUGGUCACUGCCUCUGACCUCUCACCUAUGAACCUCUACAGCCCCUCACUACCCACCGCCUCUCUCACACCAGCACUGCUACAGACGCCCACUCUGUUGCUGACCCCCAGUCCCCUGCUGUCUAACAUCCACUUCUGGAGCACGCUCAGUCCGGUGGCUCCCCUCAGCCCUGCCACCCGCCGCCAGCAGGGAGCACACACCCUGUUCCAGUUCCCCUCGGUGCUCACCCCUCAUUUCCAUAUCCCCACACACAGCCUGGAUGGGACCAACACCCCCGGACCCCUCACUCCAGACUCCCAUAAGACAUAAGGGACCGUACCCUUGGAACCUGUGGAGCCCCCAGACGCUGAGGCCCUACUUCUGCUCUACCCGCACACUCCCAAACAGACACAGGAGACAUGGGGGUUGAAGAUUUGGAUAAAUGAGGACCAUCCACUGCCAGGGGGGACUGAGACGGUUAGAGGUGUCCAACACACAUCUAUGAUUCCUUGAACACUUCCUGUUCUUUUAACUUGCCAUCUUCAGGUCUCCAUUGACACCUCUCCUAAAGAAGACUUUUUAGGAAUUGCCAUGGUAACGGGUGCUGCAAAGACUAGUGAUUUGAUGCUGACCAGUCAGAAAUGUGCAUCACUUGACCUGAACAGCCAAUUGUGUCUCCACUCUGAGACCAAAGGGAUUACAGACCUUUUUCUUUCUAUCUGAACCUUCAUAGUUUCCUUCUAGUCUUUUUGUGGAACUUCACACUUUCACAACAAACUGUUUGAUGGUGUGUUGUCAAUUCCCAACUCAGUUUUUAGAUGUUUUUUAAUGGAUAAUUUUCCUGUUUGUUAUGUUUUAACCAGCUAACCUUAAUGUUUCUCCUCACCGGCUCUCUUAGAUGGAAAACACUUGCCAACACCAACUCUACUUUUACCUUAACUGUCAAUCCCCUCAUCUACGUGCCAGUAUAUACAGUUGAAGUCAGAAGUUUACAUACAUUUGAACUAAGUUUCACCAUUUCUGACAUUUAAUCCUAGUAAAAGUUCCCUGUCUUAGGUCAGUUAGGAUCACCACUUUAUUGUAAGAAUGUGAAAUGUCAGAAUAAUAGUAGAGAUUUAUUUCAUCAUAUUCCCAGUGGGUCAGAAGUUUACAAACACUCAAUUAGUAAUUUUGGCCCAUUCCUCCUGGCAGAGCUGAUGUAACUGAGUCAUGUUUGUAGGCCUCGUUGCUCGUACAUGCUUUUUCAGUUCUGCCCACAAUUUUUCUAUAGGAUUGAGGUCAGGGCUUUGAUGGCCACUCCAAUACCUUGACUUUGUUGUCCUUAAGCCAUUUUGCCACAACUUGGGAAGUAUGCUUGAGGUCUUUGUCCAUUUGGAAGACCCAUUUGCAACCAAGCUUUAACUUCCUGACAUGUUGCUUCAAUUUAUCCACAUAAUUUUCCUACCUCACGAUGCCAUCUAUUUUGUGAUGUGCACCAGUCCCUCCUGCAGUAAAGCACCCCCACAACAUGAUGCUGCCACCCCCGCGCUUCACGGUUGGGAUGGUCUUCUUCGGCUUGCAAGCAUCCCCCUUUUUCCUCUAAACAUAACGAUGGUCAUUAUGGCCAAACAGUUCUAUUUUUGUUUCAUCAGACCAGAGUACAUUUCUCCAAAAAGUACGUUCUUUGUCCCCAUGUGCAGUUGCAAACCGUUGUCUGGCUUUUUUAUGGUGGUUUUGGAGCAGUGGCUUCUUCCUUGCUGAGCGGCCUUUCAGGUUAUGUCGAUAUAGGACUCGUUUUACUGUGGAUAUAGAUACUUUUGUACCUGUUUCCUCCAGCAUUUUCACAAAGUCCUUUGCUGCUGUUCUUGGAUUGCACCAAAUUACGCACCAAAUUACGUUCAUCUCUAGGAGACAGAACGCAUCUCCUUUCUGAGCGGUAUGACUGCUGCGUGGUCCCAUGGUGUUUAUACUUGUUCAUCUGUACAAACAAUAGUACACGUGGUACCUUCAGGCGUUUGGAAAUUGCUCCCAAGGAUGAACCAGACUUGUGGAGGUCUACAAUUUCUUUUCUGAGGUCUUGGCUGAUUUCUUUAGAUUUCCCCAGAUGUCAAGCAAAUAGUCACUGAGUUUGAAGGUAGGCCUUGAAAUACAUCCACAGGUACACCUCCAAUUGACUCAAAUGAUGUCAAUUAGCCUAUCAGAAGCUUCUAAAGCCAUGACAUCAUUUUCUGGAAUUUUCCAAGCUGUGUCAAGUCACAGUCAACUUAGUGUAUGUAAACUUCUGACCCACUGGAAUUGUGAUACAGUGAAAUAAUCUGUAACAAUUGCUGGAAGAAUGGCUUGUGUCAUGCACAAAGUAGAUGUCCUAACCAACUUGCCAAAACUAUAGUUUGUUAAUAGGAAAUUUGUGGAGUGGUUGAAAAACGAGUUAAUGACUCCAACCUAUAUGUAAACUUCCGACUUCAACUGUGUGAGGCCUGCCAGUAUAUUUGAAGCAGUGUGAGGCCUGCCAGUAUAUGUGAAGCAGUGUGAGGUCGUGACUCUGCUCUCUGCGGUGUGUAAUGGUCUUUUGCCAUAACAAAAUGUGUUAUUUAAUGAAGUCCUUACUGUAAUUCUCUCACUUAGACCAGUAUACAGGCAGCCAUAUCAGAAACGAACCAAACCACCUCAGUCUCUACCAGAGAAAAACAUGCAUAUAUAUGGGACUUAUGCAUGUGUGAUGCUUAGAAGAUAUUGAAUUUAUGUAUGCAAAAAGGCCCUAUGCCUGUAGGUCAAUUUAUGAGAAGCCAUAACCCUUACUGUAACCCCAACCUAAAACCUAGCCUUAACCACAUUCCUAACCUAUAAACAACCCUGCCGCCUCAGAUAGUAGGACAGAUUAAUAUCACCUCCUUUGCCAAAUAACUACUAACCUUGUGGAGAUUGAGCAAAUAAGGAUCCUCGCCAUAAACUAACCCUAAGGCUGUGCAUUUCUGUUGUGAAGCUAUAAGGAAAACAUGAAAUGUGUGAAGGGAAAUCACAUCUGGACUCUGAUAGAAUUGAAUUGUUGGAUGGCAGAGGAGUUUGUCACUAACCUGUAAUGUUGCUCCAUAAGAAUCAGCCAUGUUAACGUGGUGCCUUAAACCCCUAAAGCCAAACCUGAGGAGUGUGGGAACAGCCCUCCCCUGUCGACUCUCUACCCUCCUCCCCACUGCCCUGGUCUCCCUGGGCGCAAACCUCAACUUCAACAGAGCACUACAACAGUAUUUGGUUUAUAAAGUAAUUUGAUGAAGUACUAGAAUACAUAGUGUAAGUAUUCUAGAUUUCUACCAGUCCAUUACUUGUCUAAUGUCUGCUCUCCUAUGUACAGUAUGUUUCCUCUCCCAGUGAACUAACAGGUCGGGGUAAAACAGCCAUUCCCAUGACAUGGCCAGUGAAUAGCCUGGUUGGUGUCGGUCUUUCUGCUUUGCCAACACUUUGGGAAGGGCAAUGAUGUGGCAUGGUUGAAGGCAUAACCAGUCUGGUACCCAGGCUACAGUGAGACAACCCACACAGGGCGUUCACAAAGAUGACGAAGCCUGUCAAAAUAUGGUUUGUUACUUAUUCUUAGGAUGUAAUGUGACUUAACACAUUUUCUUUGUAUGAUUCAUGUUUUAGAACAGGUUUGUAUAGUUAUUUUGAUUUUAAUGACAGUUGCCUUAAAGAUGGAUUCCGCAGUUGGGGGAAUCCGCACCCCUGGCCACACCACCACUGUUAUUAUUGUUCUGGCCGAGCUGAGAGAAAAAACGCAGUACAUAGUAGUCUUCUAUCGUGCGUACAAUGAUGUCCGAGGGGGGGGAACUGUUUGCAGUAACUUCUUUAUUCUAAUAUCGCAAACGGGCGUGGCUGUUUCACAAUUAAGGAUUCCAGCUUUAAGUAUGGAAUAUAGUCACCCACAUUUGCAAGUCCUGUGAAUCAGGAAAAUGAAUGAGGUUUUAAUGUACCAGAAUCCUGUUUAGAGUGAUUCUGCUAAGCUCGAUUUUGCACAACUAAGACAUUUUCAGUACACAAUCAAAGCUCCCUUUCCCUCUUUGUAUCUGACAAGUAAAUAAGACAAUCAAAUAACAAAAGUGUGUAUGUACUUCAGCUGAAUUCCAUUUACCCCCCCCCAACUGAAUUGUAAUAUGGCCAGAUGCUAGGCUCAAUGCUGUUCUGUAGUCUGUUUUUAACGCUGAUGUUUUGUUUGAUUUCUUUACUUGUUUUCUUUACUCAGUUUUGGGAAGUGAUGAUGACAUUGACUAUUUGCAAAUCAAAGCCUUAGAGGGAAACUUAAAUCCGUCUUUUAAGUAUUUUGAUAUUGUUAAAGGCCCAGUGCAGUCAGACUUGAUUUUCAUGUGUUUUUAUUUAUCCAUCCAACCAUACAGAGGUUGGAAUAAUAAUGAAAUUAUGAAAAUGAUAAUGCCCUUUCAGUUUAAGAGCUGUUUGAAAAGACUGCCUGAAAUUUCAGCCUGUUUUGGUGGGAUGGAGUUUUGGCCUUCCAUGGUGACAGCAUGCGGAAAAUUAGUUAAUAGACCAAUAAGAAACAAUUCCAAACUUCUGCCAAUAACUCCUUUUCAGUUUCCCCCUCCCCACUCAGUCCACUCCCUGACAGUCCUAGCAAAAUUAUUGCUUGAGAUAUUUCUCUUUGAUAAGAAGCUAUUUUUGUUGACAAAUUUUAUUCAACAAAUCAGUAAGGUAAUUGUUGCCCAUAAAAUAUUUGAUGUUGAGAAACUGAUGCAUUGGACUUUAAUAUUGUUUUUAAUAUUGUGUGUGUGUCAACAUUGGCACUUAGAACAAAGGGUACCUGUAGUAUUGGAUUUGUCCUUUGUUUUAAAUGACUUUUUUUCCUGUGUUUGAAAAAUCUAUUAACCCUAAUUUAUAGCUGUAAAUGAAUUCUGUACAUUUCUUUUCCCAAAUCAACAGUACAACUAUGCACAAAAUACUUUAAUAUUGCAAAUCUAAAGAUUACAAUUAAAAUGUUUAUAUUCUAAGGAAGUGCAUCUUUAAAGGAGCAAUCAGCAGUUGCUACAUCCAUUGGACUUAUGAAUAUGUACCUAUUGAUUCUUGAAGAAUAUAACUUAAUGGUUCAUGAGCUUUGUUCAACUCUCCUGGCCAACAGAACCCAGAAUAAGCUUGUUUGACUCGUGUUUGGGAAAAAAGUAAAUGUAAACCAACUCUAUAUAGCCUCAAAACAGGGUUAAAACUAUAGUUUUGAUAUAGUCCUCACAUCCAUCUGAAUUUGAGUGCUUACAUUUCUCCAGCCCCAUCCUUCAGCUUUUUACUGAAACAAGGGCGAGUCGCCGCUUUAUCAUUGCUUCAUGCUGAUUGCUUCAUUUAAAAUCCUAAUGCCUCUUAAAGUGUCAGAGUCCCUUCAGUUAAGCCCUAUUACAAAUGUGUAUUUUCUAAAGAGUUAGAUUUGUUAACAUGAUACAGUAGUCGGAGUUCUAUAAUAUGACCAUAGUUUUGAUAAAGACAACCUCUGAAUAGGCAGCCAUAUUGUAGAUGAAGGUAGGUGUGAACAUUCUGAUUCAGGUUUAAUUCAUUAGACCCUAUUCAACCCAGCAUUACACCUAGUGCAUAUUUCUGUAAAAAAAAAAAGGAUUUUACAUUUUAACAAUAGUUUUUAUUUUAAUCACAAUUCAAUUAUAAAACCAGUACUUUUGCAGUUGAAAUGACAAACUGUUUGCUUCUACCGUUCUGUUCUUGUUUUGUUCACUUCUGUAAAUUAUUUGUUCAAUGCUUUUCAAAUGUUUACAAGCUACUUGUCUUUGAGUGGCACGUUUGUGUUUGAGGUGAAAUAGGAAACGUGAAGACUAUUAAAAAAAAACCUUGCUCUA